AUGGCGCAAUUAAAUCCUGACCUCCAGGACCAGCUGGAUCAGCUUCAGCAAGAAUUAGAGGAAGGCGACAUUACUGAAAAAGGAUACCAGAAACGCAGAACCCAGCUGCUCUCGCAAUACUUCCCGCCAGCCGAAGCCGCAUCGAUUGCGACAUCGAUUGCGACAGGUGGUGGAGGACUCAGGAUACACUCACCCGAUAGCGACCGCUAUGGUCCGAGUGAUAGCUAUAGACACAGUCGCCAGGCCUCCUUGAGCGCUACUAAUCCCGACUAUGCGCGCGAUUCCCCAAUCGAUGCCGUUCCUCCUAGCGACUGGCGACCCGAGUCGUCAGCCAGCUAUUCGCGACAACAUGAUGAGAACCCAGCCGGUCUCCUCCGGCCAGGUGGCCCGCUUGCUGAAUCGCGACCGACCAUGACCAACCGCGAUUCUCUCUUCUUGAACCCUGUCUCGCAUGCGCAUAGCUAUAAUCAAGAUAUGGGCUCGGAUUCCCCGACUCGGUCUGGCACCAUGGUCUCGGGAGAUUAUGCUUUCAAACCAGAACAUCAGGCAGGCUAUGGCCCACCGCCAGCGAUGAACUACGAUAGUCGCACCGGUACCAUGAUGGAUGCUCAGGGAUACUUCUCUGAUUUUGCCGGACAGCAGGCCUACGAUCAGGGACCCGGUGGUGAAUACAAUGGUGGCAUGCAGAGAUACUCGUCGAGCGAUGCCUUCUCGCCAACCGCCGCCAUGGCACCUCCAAUGCUCACGGCCAGCGAUCUACCACCACCUGAAAUGCAAUACCAGCAGCCACUGGAACCGCGCGAGGUGCCUUUCGCCAUCCACGACCCGCACGACAAGAACACUGCCAUGUCAAACUUCGACAACAUUGCCGCUGUAUUGCGGCAUCGUGGCAGAACAACUGCCAAAAUGCCUGCUUACUGGGUUCUUGACGCCAAGGGCAAAGAAAUCGCAUCCAUCACUUGGGAUAAAUUGGCCUCCCGAGCCGAGAAGGUUGCUCAAGUAAUAAGGGACAAGAGUUCGCUGUACAGAGGAGAUCGUGUGGCCUUGAUCUACCGAGACACCGAAAUCAUUGAUUUCGCAAUUGCCUUAUUGGGAUGUUUCAUUGCUGGAGUAGUUGCAGUGCCCAUCAACGAUCUUCAAGACUAUCAAAAGCUGAAUCUCAUCCUGACUUCUACGCAGGCUCAUUUGGCCUUGACAACGGAUAACAAUCUGAAAAGCUUUCAGCGAGACAUCACGACCCAAAAGUUGACGUGGCCCAAGGGAGUCGAAUGGUGGAAAACCAACGAGUUUGGUGGCUACCACCCAAAGAAAAAGGAAGAUGUACCGCCUCUAUCUGUGCCGGACCUGGCCUAUAUCGAAUUCUCCAGAGCUCCGACUGGCGAUCUCAGAGGUGUGGUGCUCAGCCAUCGGACCAUCAUGCACCAGAUGGCAUGCAUGAGCGCUAUUGUGUCUGCUGUGCCUAAUUCUGGUCCUGGCGAUACAUUUAGUCGAGAUCUAAGGGACAAGAAUGGCCGCUUGAUCGGAGGUGGUGCGAGCAGCGAAAUCCUGCUCUCGUAUCUGGAUCCACGGCAGGGUAUCGGCAUGAUUCUUGGUGUUCUGCUGAAUGUUUACAGCGGCCACACAACAGUCUGGCUGGAGAACAAGGCAGUCCAUGUUCCAGGACUCUACGCACACUUGAUCACCAAGUACAAGGCGACUUUAAUGAUUGCCGACUAUCCAGGUCUUAGAGCCGCCGCAUUCAAUUAUCAGUCCGACCCAAUGACGACACGAAACUAUAAGAAAGGCACUGAACCCAACUUCCAGAAUGUCAAACUUUGCCUUAUAGACACUUUGAUUGUCGAUGGUGAGUUUCACGAGGUGCUCGCUGACCGAUGGCUCCGGCCGCUCCGAAACCCUCGUGCUCGGGAAGUUGUUGCACCAAUGCUGUGUCUCCCUGAGCACGGUGGCAUGGUCAUCAGCGUGCGUGAUUGGCUAGGUGGCGAGGAGCGCAUGGGUUGUCCCUUGAAACUCGACAUGGGCGACGAAUCUGCGUCCGAGUCAGAGAAAGAAGACCCCGAGAAGGAGGAAGAGAAAACUGUCCCGUCGAAUGGGUUUGGUAGCUUAUUGGGCGGAGGCACAACCACAACCAAGGAGCAAGAAGCUAAGAACGAACUUGGUGAGGUUUUGCUUGAUAGAGAGGCUCUCAAGACCAAUGAGGUCAUCGUUGUGGCGAUUGGCGAGGAGGCUCGGAAGAAGGCAGCCACAGAGCUGGGUACCGUCCGCGUUGGCGCCUUCGGAUAUCCCAUCCCCGACGCAACCUUGGCGGUAGUUGACCCAGAGACGGGCUUGCUCGCAACACCACAUGCGAUAGGAGAAAUCUGGGUCGACUCCCCAUCGCUCUCAGGUGGAUUUUGGGCUUUGCCGAAACACACGGAGCAGAUAUUCCAUGCCCGGCCUUACAAAUUUGAGCCGGGCGAUCCAACGCCGACUCCUGUCGAGCCCGAGUUCCUUCGGACAGGUCUACUUGGAACUAUCAUCGAGGGUAAAGUCUUCGUACUAGGCCUCUACGAAGACCGGAUUCGGCAAAAGGUUGAAUGGGUCGAACAUGGCCAUGAGAUUGCUGAGCAUCGGUACUUCUUUGUCCAGCAUAUCGUGGUGAGCAUAUUAAAGAGCCUCUCCAAGCAAGUCUUCGAUUGCUCUGCCUUUGAUGUGUUCGUCAAUGAUGAACACUUGCCAGUGCUCGUGCUCGAAUCGGCAGCCGCUUCCACAGCACCAACAACGUCAGGUGCUCCGCCUAGGCAGCUUGACACCGCGCUGUUGGAUUCUCUGUGUGAAAGAUGUAUGGAGGUUCUCAUGCAGGAGCACCACUUCCGGGUGUACUGCGUCAUGAUCACGGCUCCCAACACGUUGCCACGGGUGCUGAAAAAUGGCAGAAAAGAAAUCGGUAAUAUGCUUUGUCGAAGGGAAUUUGACCUCGGCAACCUGCCAUGCGUCCAUGUCAAGUUCGGCGUUGAACAUGCUGUCUUGAACUUGCCCGUCGGCGUGGAUCCCAUGGGCGGAAUCUGGUCAUACAUCGCAUCAGAGUCAAGAGCGGAAAUCCUUGGCCCCACUGACAAGCAGUACUCUGGUAUCGAUCGCCGCGAAGUGGUCAUUGAUGAUCGCACAUCCACGCCCCUUAACAAUUUCUCUUCCAUCACAGACCUCAUUCAAUGGCGCGUCGCUCGUCAGCCGGAAGAGCUCGCCUACUGCACAAUUGAUGGCAGAGGCAAAGAAGGAAAGGGCGUCACUUGGAAGAAGUUCGAUACAAAGGUGGCGGCUGUAGCCAUGUAUCUGCGUAACAAGGCCAAGAUACGGCCACGGGACCAUGUCAUCCUCAUGUACACACAUUCGGAAGACUUUGUCUUUGCCGUGCACGCCUGCCUCAACCUUGGCGCUGUAGUGAUCCCUGCCGCCCCGAUGGACGAGCGCCGUCUCAAUGAAGACGUCCCUGCUUUUCUACACCUGAUUGCCGAUUUCCAGGUCAAAACUGUUCUGGUGAAUCAAGAGGUUGAUCACCUUUUGAAGCUGAAACCAGUCUCUCAGCACAUCAAGCAAUCUGCACAAGUUCUAAAGAUCAACGUUCCUAAUGUGUACAAUACGUCAAAGCCGCCUAAGCAAAACACUGGCUUGCGCGAUCUAGGCAUCACCAUGGAUCCAGCCUGGGUGCAACACGGUUACCCGGCGAUAGUCUGGACAUACUGGACGCCGGAUCAACGCAGAAUUGCGGUGCAGCUUGGCCACGACACGAUUCUAGGCAUGUGCAAAAUUCAAAAGGAAACUUGUCAGAUGACUAGUUCUAGACCAGUCCUUGGUUGUGUCCGCAGUACAACUGGUCUUGGUUUCAUCCACUCAUGUCUGAUGGGCGUCUACAUUGGCACGCCGACGUACCUAUUGUCACCUGUUGAGUUUGCGCAGAACCCCAUGUCCUUGUUCUUGACGCUCAGCAGGUACAAGAUCAAGGAUACUUAUGCUACGCCCCAAAUGCUUGACCACGCCAUGAACGUCAUGCCUGGCAAGGGCUUUGCUAUGCAUGAGUUGAAGAACAUGAUGAUCACGGCUGAAGGAAGACCGCGGGUUGAUGUGUUUCAACGCGUCCGCCUUCAUUUCGCAGCUACUGGUCUUGAUCGGACAGCCAUCAACACCGUCUACUCACAUGUGCUCAACCCCAUGGUUGCAAGUAGGUCAUACAUGUGUAUCGAACCUAUUGAGCUCUGGCUGGAUCAGCGAGCCCUGCGCAGGGGACUGAUAAUCCCUGUUGAUCCCGAGACCGACCCAAAAGCGCUUUUGAUGCAAGACUCUGGCAUGGUGCCAGUAUCAACACAAAUUGCGAUUGUCAACCCAGAGAGUCGUCUACUUUGUCAUGACGGAGAGUAUGGUGAGAUUUGGGUCGACUCGGAAGCAUGCGUCAAGUCUUUCUACGGCUCCAGGGAUGCGUUUGAUUCAGAGAGAUUUGACGGCCGCACUCUCGAUGGCGACCCCAACAUAAGUUACGUCCGUACAGGUGAUCUGGGUUUCUUGCACAGUGUCAGCAGACCUAUUGGGCCUGGCGGCGCUCAAGUAGACAUGCAAGUCCUCUUCGUCCUCGGCAACAUUGGUGAGACUUUCGAGAUCAAUGGACUAAGCCAUUUCCCUAUGGAUAUCGAAGCAUCAGUAGAGGCCUGCCACAGAAACAUUGUGCCCGGCGGUUGUGCCGUUUUCCAGGCCGGCGGACUGGUAGCUUGCGUUGUGGAGGUAUCUAGAAAAGCAUACCUGGCCUCGAUUGUUCCCGUCAUUGUGAACGCAAUUCUCAAUGAGCAUCAGAUCAUCAUCGAUAUUGUUGCAUUCGUCAGCAAGGGUGAUUUCCCACGUAGCCGUCUCGGAGAGAAGCAGCGUGGAAAAAUCCUUGCUGGCUGGGUAACGAGGAAAUUGCGAACCUUGGCCCAAUUUGCCAUCAGAGACUCGGACUCUCUAGAGGGUGAGGGAGGCAUCGAUGCUCAUCGCGCCAGCAUGGUCAGCUUCAGGAGCAGCGGCAUUCCUGGUGCAAGUUCGUUGAGAAACAUGGAACACGCUCCGCAAAUAUUAGAGCAGGAGGAACUGGACAGCCAGAUGAACAGAUUGUCUGAGCUUCCCGCAGGAUUUGGCGACAAGCCACAAUCCGAAAGACAUGUCGCGGGAGCCUCUCAACCUCCUAGACUAGACACGGCUGCUGCUGCCGCCACCGGUCAUAGAUUCGAGCUAUCCAGUCACGAUGACUACAGUGCCAGCUCGACACGGCGCAGCUCGACCCUGACAGGUACACCAGCAAUCCGUCUCCCGGGCGUUGAUGGUCGGGUGCCGGAGUUGUUGGGAUCUGCCGAUGGCGCUGCUCCAGGCGAAGUUGAUGAUUGGACUAGAGACGCAAUCAUGCAUAUGAAUCUGGCCAGCAAGUACGAGAACAAAGACUAG